AUGGCUACCCCUAGUGUCCUCGCUUUUGACGCUGAGGGUCAGGCCAUUGACUUUGAGGUCUGGGUAGACGACCUGCAGCUGUUCUUACAGUGCGAUAGGGCAGACGGCCUCUCUCUCUUUGACCUUACCUCUGGCGCUUCCCCUGCCCCUGCUGCUGAUGCUGACGCCACUGUUCGCUCCCAGUGGGCCACGCGCGACGCUGCUGCACGUCUUGCUGUGCGUCGCCACCUCCCUACCUUCGAGCUAGCGCACUUUAGUCAGUACAAGAGUGCUCAGACCUUGUACGACGCUGUAGUCGCACGCUACUCCUCCCCUUGCACUGCUGCACUCAGCCGUCUCAAGCUGCCGUACCUCUUCCCUGACCUUGCUGCCUUUCCCACCGUUGCUGACCUCAUUACGCACCUCCGCACUAGUUACACUCGCUACCGCGCUGCACUUCCUGCUGACUUCUGCACCACGAACCCCCCCCCCAUGUACAUCACUCUGUACUUCCUAGUCACUCGCCUCCCUGACUCCCUUCGAGUAGUCAGGGACCACUUUCUCUCAGUCUGUCCCACCACACUCACUGUAGACCUCCUCGAGAAGGCCCUCCUCGCGAUAGAGAAGAGCAUUGUUGCUGUAGGAGCCUCUCGAGGUGACCCGCGCACCCCCAUCUUUGAGGGGUGUUCUCCCUCCCCCCUGCUGCCCUCUGUUGCCUCUGUUGCUGCGGCCGACCUCCUUGGUCUUGAGUCGGUCGGUGCGGCGUCUGCCCCUAGCGGGAGACGCCGCUCUGGCAAGGGCAAGGGGGGCAAGGGAGCUGGAGGAGCGGGCGGUGGAGGUGGAGGUGGAGGCAGUGGGGGGAGUGGGGGUGGCGGUGGAGGUGGAGGUGGGGGUGGGGGGGUCGGUGGCGGCAAUAGAGGCGGAGGCGGCGGCGGCGUUGGCGGUGGUAGCGGAGGUGGCAGAGGAGGCGGCGGUGGAGGCGGCGGUGGAGGCGGCGGCGGCAGUGGAGGCAGCAGAGGCGGUGGAGGCGGUGGGGGUGGCGGUGGAGCUGGUCGGGGGUCUUCACAGAGGAGUGGCUCAGGUGGUGGCUCGUGCCAGCAGCAGCAGCGUGGUCGUGCGACCCUGUCCUCUCAGCAGCUCCGUGAGUGGUACACUGCACACCACCGGGGUGGGGGUUUUGGUCCGUGCACCUACGUCCUGCGCACCGGCGACCGUGCGGGUGAGCAGUGUGGGGGUGCGCACCCCACUCCGCGCUGCUUUGGCCACCUGACGGACGCGUGGCGUCACCAGUUCCCGGAGGCCUCCGAGAUCCCUCGCUGGGACGAGCUGUCUAGGGCGGGGGUUGCCAUCUUUGAUCUUGACUUUGAUGCUAUUCUCUCUGCCAUGUAUGCUGUGUCUCAUAGUGAUGAGGGUGACUGCUACCGCUGUUUCCCGCCCGAUCCGGGCAUUGAGGCUGCUGCCCUAGGUGCUUGCGACGCUGCUGCUCUAGGAGCUAGUGUGUCUGCGUCCUCAGGUACUGGUGAGUCUACGCUCUCAGGUACUACGUCGGCUUCGGCCUCCCUCACCUUCACUCUUGACUCUGGGGCGUCUCGCUCCUUCUUUCGGGACCGCACCACACUCACGCCGCUUAGUCGGCCGGUUGCGGUGUCUCUAGCUGACCCCUCCGGGGGUCCUGUACUGUCUCGCUUCUCCACAGUCCUCCCGUGUCCGGCGGCUCCCUCUGGCACCCUGUCUGGUCUCUACCUCCCCUCGUUCUCGACGAACCUGGUGAGUGGUGCUGACCUACAGGAUGGGGGAGUACACCAGUUCACUCCUGCGCGUCAGCGGGUGACGCACUGUACAGAGGCUAGCACAGGCCGGCACCUGGCUACGUUUACCCGUCAGCCGGGGUCGAGCCUCUACACACUGACCACUGCGUCUCUUCCCGUUACUGAGUCUGGUAGAGUCGCUUCGUUCGGUCAGGUGUUUGCUGCAGCGUCUAGGUCUGGUCCUGAGUCUGCCCCCUGUUUGUGUCGUCUCUUGUCUCAUGAGACUCUCCUCUGGCACCACCGUCUUGGUCACCCCUCUCUGCUUCGGCUCAGAGGAAUGGCCUCCCGUCUUCUUGUGUCUGGUCUCCCCCGGUCCCUCCCUCCCCUUCCUCAGGGCCCUGGCCCUGCUUGUGUCCCCUGUGUCCAGGGGCGCCAGCGGGCUGCCCCUCACUCCUCCCAGUUUCCUCCGACAGAGGCCUCGUUGCAGACGCUUCACAUGGACGUGUGGGGCCCAGCCCGCGUUCGUGGACAGGGUCACGAGCGCUACUUCCUGCUCGUUGUUGACGACUACUCGUGUAACACCACGGUCUUCCCCUUGCGCAGCAAGGGUGAUGUCACUGAGGACAGAGGCGGAGAGUUUUCCUCUGGCCUACUGCGAGCCUACUGUCGCGCACAAGGCAUCCGCCAGACCUUCACGCUUCCGGACUCACCGCAGCAAAAUGGGAUUGCUGAGCGCCGCAUUGGCAUGGUCAUGGACGUCGCUCGUACGUCUAUGAUGCAUGCGGCUGCCCCCCGUUUUCUGUGGCCGUUUGCGGUCAGGUACGCGGCGCAUCAGAUCAACCUCCACCCCAGGGUCUCCACGCCGGAGACCUCCCCAGCCUUACUGUGGACGGGGAAGGUUGGCGAUGCGUCGGCGUUCCGGGUCUGGGGAUCUCGGGCGUUUGUCCGCGACUUGUCUGCGGACAAGCUGUCCCCUCGUGCUGCUCCUUGCGUCUUCCUGGGGUUCCCCCCUGACGCGCCUGGGUGGCAGUUCUACCACCCCACCUCUCGACGUGUUCUGUCCUCCCAGGACGUCACGUUUGAUGAGUCGGUCCCCUACUACCGCCUCUUCCCCUACCGCACUCCGUCCCUCCCCCCACCUCCGCUCUUCCUUGUACCAGGUCCCCCCCAGGUAGACUCCCUCCCCCCUCAGGGUCGUGCCCCUUCAGGUGUGUCCCAGACCUGA